AUGGCGACCGACUACAGUAAGAAGACCAAUGCCGACUUGGUCGAGAUUCUGAAGUCCCGGUCUCUCCCUCACACUGGAAAGAAGGCCGAUUUGGUCGCCCGUAUCCAGCAAGACGAUGAGAAGAACUCGGGUGGAGCUCCAGCUGCCCCCAAGACCGAUGCUGCCGAAGAUGUCAUUGAUUGGGAUGACGAUGUCCCUGCCGUAAAGCCGGCCACCGAGGCAGGUGCCAAAUCAAUUGCUGCUGGCGGCAAGGGCGCUGUCGCCAACCCCGUCGCCGUGCCCAACCAGAAGCUUGAUACCGAUCCCGCUACCUCUCAUGAGCUCAAGGUAGAAUCGGCCGGCGCCGGCGCCGCGACGGGCGAGGCCCCCUCGUCUGCGACCGAGGUCGAGCAGAAGCCCACUGUCGAUUACACCAAGGGUCUCCCUACCACCGACCUGGAGGCGGAGUUGGCGAAGCGCAAAGCUCGUGCUGCCAAGUUCGGCAUCGUUGAGGAUGAGGAGACUGCUGUGAAGGAGGCCGAGAAGCAGCUGGAGCGCGCAAAGCGAUUUGGCACCGGCGGUACUGAUGAGGCCAGCACCAAUGUUGGUGUUCGGGGUCUUGAUGAAGCUCUUCCCGAGAAGUCCCGCAAGAGAGGCCCUGCCGACCAGGGCCAAGGUGGACGCGGAGGAAAGCGACGUGACCAGGGCCGGAAUCGCAACCGAGGCAACCCGGGCAACCAGAACCGAAACGCCGGCGGAAACAAGGGCGGAAGCGGCGGUGGAAACAACGCGCAGAGCAGUCAGCCGAAGAGCUGGAGUGAGAAGGAUGUUGCUGCGAUGGAAGCUCGCAAGAAGCGUUUCACAACUGCCGCCUAG